CACGCAUAGAGCUAGCUAUGAUUGGUAUCCUUGUGUCUAUGUUGUUUGUGUUUAGCACACACCAAGUGAGAGUUGCCAUGGAUUUUAAGAAUGUUGUAGCUUUUCAAGUUGUCACAUUAUGCAUAUCUUUGGCUGUGGCAAAUUCUGACUUCAGUUACCCAGCAGUUUUCAACUUUGGUGAUUCAAACUCAGACACAGGUGAACUUGCUGCAGGGUUAGGCUUUCUUGUUACCCCGCCUAAUGGACAAAGUUACUUCAAACCCCCAUCUGGGAGGUUCUCCGAUGGCCGUCUCAUUGUUGAUUUCCUAAUGGAUGCGUUCAAAUUGCCUUUCUUAAAUGCCUACUUGGAUUCAUUGGGUUUGCCAACUUUUCGACAUGGAUGCAACUUUGCAGCAUCGGGUUCAACUAUCCUUCCAGCCACUGCAACAUCCAUCAGUCUAUUCAGCUUUGGGGUUCAGGUAUCUCAAUUUCUGAGAUUCAAAGGGCGGGUUCUUCAAUUGCUUCAAGGAAAGAAAUUUGAUCAGUAUGUCCCAAGUGAAGACUAUUUUGAGAAGGGGUUAUACAUGUUUGACAUAGGCCAAAACGAUCUUACUGGUGCAUUUUAUUCAAAAACAUUGGACCAAGUACUUGCCUCAAUUCCAACAAUUUUACUGGAAUUUGAAUCUGGAAUAAAGAAACUGUAUGACCUCGGGGCAAGGAAUUUCUGGAUACAUAACACAGGUCCACUCGGAUGCUUGGCUACGGUUAUUGCCAAAUUUGGCACCAACUCAUCAAAUCUUGAUGAACUAGGAUGUGUUAGUUCACAAAAUCAAGCGGCCAAAGCAUUUAAUACACAGCUUCAAGCUCUUUGUAGUAAAUUGAAGGCCCAGUAUCCAGAUGCAAAUGUCACAUAUGUUGAUAUCUUCACCAUAAAAUCAAACCUCAUUGCAAACCAUUCUAAAUAUGGGUUUGAACAACCCAUUAUGGCUUGUUGUGGAUAUGGAGGUCCACCAUUGAACUAUGACAGUCGAGUUUUUUGUGGGCUAACAAAGAUCUUGAACGGGACCACAGUAACAGCAAAAGCUUGCAACAACAGCAGUGUGUAUGUAAACUGGGACGGUACUCAUUACACUGAGGCUGGAAAUCAAUACGUGGCAUCACAAAUUCUCUCUGGAAACUACUCCAACAUUCAUUUGGCAGAAAAAAUGCCCUUCCUUCUUUAGAUCAAGUUCUAAAUCCCCAUCCAUUUAUUGUUAUAAUGAUUUUAUUCUAUGUGCUACUGUAGUGAAACAAAUAGCUGAUUGUAAACUUGAAGGACAGUUGUGAUCUUACAAAUGCAUAUGAUUAAAGAUCGAAUCAACUGACUUUGAGACAUGGUCAAUGGAAGAGUUUCCAUGGAGCUUAAUGGGACUCAUCAUAUAUAAGUACUUGAACUGAAAAUUGAAAGUGGCUUAUAAC